AUGAGGCUCUUUCGGAGACGCUACAGCCCCUUGAAGGUGGCUUUGGCAGGCGCCGUCUUCGUCAUCUUCCUCUUCAUCCUGCAGAAGGAUGUGGGGAACAAGGACCCGAGCGAGGAACCCUGGUUGAAGAACAUCGUCCAGGGGAAGGACCAAGUCCUCGACCUGAUGCUGGGGGCGGUCAACAACAUCCGAGACUCGAUGCCGAAGCUGCAGAUCGGAGCUCCGGUUCGGCAAGAGGAACCACUGCCUGGCGCUCGCUCCUGCCUGCCCGGCGUCUACACAGCGGCGGAGCUUCGGCCGCUGAUGGAGAGACCCCCCCAAGACCCCGCCAGCCCCGGAGCCGACGGCAAAGCCUUCAAGAAGGAUCAAUGGACGCCGGAGGAGACGAAGGAGAAGGAGCAAGGUUACGAGAAGCAUUGCUUCAACGCCUUCGCCAGCGACCGCAUCUCCCUCCAGCGAGCGCUGGGACCUGACAGCCGCCCGCCGGAGUGCAUCGACCAGAAAUUCAAGCGGUGCCCCCCCUUGCCCACCACCAGCGUCGUCAUCGUCUUCCAUAACGAAGCUUGGUCGACGCUGCUGCGGACGGUGUACAGCGUCCUGCACGCCUCGCCGGCCCUCCUCCUGAAGGAAAUCAUCUUGGUGGAUGAUGCCAGCACGGAUGAGUACCUGAAGGAUGAGCUGGAUCGCUACGUGGAGCAGCUCCAGAUCGUGCGAGUCGUGCGGCAAGAGGAGCGUAAAGGGCUGAUCACGGCACGGCUGCUGGGGGCCAGCGUGGCCAGCGGGGAGGUCCUGACCUUCCUGGAUGCCCACUGUGAAUGUUUCCACGGCUGGCUGGAGCCCCUCUUAUCCCGCAUCGCCGAAGAGCCCACAGCGGUCGUAAGCCCCGACAUCGCCACCAUCGAUCUCAACACUUUCGAGUUCUCCAAGCCCGUUCAGAACGGCAAACAGCACAGCCGGGGCAACUUCGACUGGAGCCUGACUUUUGGCUGGGAGGUCGUCCCACCCCGGGAGAGGCAGCGGAGGAAGGAUGAGACCUUCCCCAUCAAGUCCCCAACCUUUGCCGGUGGCCUCUUUGCCAUCUCCAGGUCCUACUUCGAGCACAUCGGCUCCUACGACGACCAGAUGGAGAUCUGGGGGGGCGAGAACGUGGAAAUGUCCUUCAGGGUCUGGCAGUGUGGGGGUCAAGUCGAGAUCAUCCCUUGCUCCGUCGUGGGUCACGUUUUCCGUUCCAAGAGCCCCCACACCUUCCCCAAGGGCACCCAGGUCAUCUCCAGGAACCUGGUCCGCCUGGCUGAGGUCUGGAUGGAUGACUACAAGGAGAUCUUCUACAGGAGGAACCAGCAAGCUGCCCAGAUGGCCAGAGAGAAGACGUAUGGUGACAUUACAGACCGGCGCAAGCUGAGGGAACAGCUCCACUGCAAGAACUUCACCUGGUACCUCCAGACCAUCUAUCCAGAGAUGUUUGUCCCUGACCUGACUCCAACUUUUUACGGAGCGAUAAAAAAUGAGGGCACCAAGAGCUGCCUGGACGUCGGUGAGAACAACCACGGUGGGAAACCGCUCAUCAUGUACCCCUGCCACGGGAUGGGGGGCAACCAGUAUUUUGAGUACACGAGCCAGCAGGAGCUGCGGCACAAUAUCGGGAAGGAGCUCUGCCUGCGAGCGGGAUCAGGAUCGGCCGAGCUGGGUGACUGCCAGUACCGAGGGAAACCCGGGCGGGUGCCGGCUAACGAGGAGUGGGACCUGGCGCAGGACCGGCUGAUUAAAAACCCAGCCUCCAGUACGUGUUUGACGGCACGAGGGAAGCACCCAGCGAUGGUUCCCUGUGACCCGACGGACCCCCACCAGCUCUGGUCCUUCACCUAG